CGCUGAUAGCGUUGUUUGCGAGCAUUCAUACAGACGACACGUUCAGCGAAUAUCCUCAUAUACAUUUAAUUUAAUUUCCAAAAUGAGAAAUGCUAGUAUACAAGUGUCUCCGAUAUAUUUUAAUGUUGCUGAAUAUUGUUUAUUCGGCAUCAUAUUGGGAUUGAUCAUCGGAAUAAUACUAUAUUACAAUGUGGUUAACAGAAAGUAUAAUACAGUGGCCGGAUUUUUGUUUGGCGGGAAAAAUAUGUCCGUUAUUUCUAUAUCCUUAGCUUUGAUUGCGAGCCACUUGACGAGCAUUACAUUGCUCGGAGUGCCCGUAGAGAUAUACCUGAGAGGCACUCAGUACUGGGCAUCGGCGCUGUCACUUAUCGUAGUCACUAUCCUAGCCGCCGUCAUUUAUUUACCAGUGUUUCAUAAAUUACAAUUAUCUUCAAGUUUUGAAUAUCUCGAAAUAAGAUUUUCAACUCACACUCGAACGAUAGCGGCUGUGUUAUUUGUUAUUAGCAAGCUUAUGUUACUACCUAUAGUGCCCUAUGUGCCACUUAUGGCUUUUAGAUUGGUUACAAAUCCUCUGGCGGGACGUAUCACGGCGGUAUUAUGCGUGUCCUGUGCCACGUUUAUCGCUGUUGGCGGAUUACGAGCCAUAGUCAGCAUUGGCAUAGUAACAUCUUUCCUGGCAUUAGCUGGCACUGCACUGCCAAGUGGUCUGGCGCUGCUCCCAAUAGGCUUUAAAAGUAUGUGGGAGAGAGCCAGUCGCGGAGGUCGAUUGGUUUUAUAUGACCCAGAUCCAGAACUUGCUCAUCACACGUCAUUCUUCGCAGUCACACUGGCCCUAAGCACGAACUGGCUCUGGAAGAUAGCUCUCAGCCAAUCUACGCUACAAAAACUUCUGGCCGUUCCUACUAUUAGUAAAGCAAGGCUAUGUCUAAUGAUAUCUUGUGCUGGAGUGAUUCUGAUGAAGCUGCUCUCUUGCUUUCUGGGUCUAGCGUUAUAUGCAUGGUUUGAUGAAUGCGAUCCAUUGUUGAGUGGUCAAAUAAGGAAACAUGAGCAGUUAGUCCCGCAAUUCUUAAAUAGUUUAUCAGCUAUGUUUCCUGGAAUAUGUGGAAUAUUCAUUAUAUCUAUCUUUAGUGCAACUACAGGAUUAGAUUAUUACAGAUGCAUUGCUUCGUUGAUAAAUUCCAUCGCCGGUGUAUUGUUUGAAGAGUUUAUUAGACCUUGGAUGCCACAGAGUACCAAUGAAAUUGCUUGCUGCAAAAUCAUGAAGGUUCUCUGCGUCCUGGUGGGUUGCUACUGCGCUUGCGUGGUGUGGUUUGCAAAGGAACUGGAUCGUCUGCAACAUGUAGCGUCUGGUGUGACGGGAGUGACAGCUGGCACAUUACUGGGAUUGUUUACACUGGGGAUAGUCUUUUCCAGGGCAAAUUGUUCUGGGGCUUUAGGUGGAUGUUUAUUAAGUCUUAUGCUGUGCGGUUGGUUACUUAUUGGUGCCGAAAAUUCUUUAGCAAGAGGAGCCCUAACCUUCCAAAGAAAACCUCUGCUUACAACAGGAUGCGGAAAAGCGAAUUUAACACACAUCAUUCUGGACAAUAUUUCUACUGCAUUACCAAACGCUGCAACCCAAUUACCAACAAAACCUCUGCAAUCCCUCUUUCGGAUCUCUUUCACAUACUGCCCUUUCGCUGGCGCCAUUUCAGUGCUUCUGAUAGGAGUUCCUAUGAGCUACUUGACAGGGAAGUCGAGGACCGACUCCAUGAACCCUGAUGUCUUCUGCCCUCUGACUCAAAGUAUGCUCCACAAAUCCCUGUUCAGGAGUGCCACAGUCUCGUUGGAAGCGAGAGCGCCGAAUACGCAAGAAGUUUACGUCGCCUUGGAUGAAGCCCUGAAACAUUUAAAAGAUGUUAUUGAUAGAUAAUAAAUCUGUUUUUAAAUACUUUAA